UGUACGUUAGUUUGUAUACUCGCCCUUGCUCAGAGCGUGGAUAGGACUACUCAAUGUUAAAACUAUUACCAUGAUUGUGUGAAUGGAUUUCAAUUGAUUAUCCACCAUGGAUUCUCGGAUUUUAUUCUGGACUCAAGUCAUCUUAUUAGUUUCAACAGGAUCGGGAAUAUUAGGACAAUCUCCAGGUGAUGUACGACUGGUUGGUGGUAGUUCCACUCUGGAAGGAAGGGUAGAGGUGUAUUAUGAUAACGUGUGGGGUACGAUAUGCAACCGAGGAUGGGAUAGUACAGACAGUGGUGUAGUCUGCAGACAGCUAGGUUUUCAAGUUUCUUUGAGUAGUCCAAGUUUCGGGCCUGGCAUUCCAACACAACGUAUCUGGUUAGCUGACGUAAAGUGUGAAUCAUCCGACCGACGUCUGAACGAGUGUGUUACAGACGACCAAUGGGGACAGACCUCUACAUGCCCUCAUGAAAACGAUGUAGGUGUUAGGUGCUCAGGCUUAAACGUUGGGAUAGCGCCAAAUUACCAAGGGUGCUACCGUUUUGGAGACAUUCCUGUAUCAAACACAGCAAUCCAAUUCCCGUCAAAUACUAUCGAAGCUUGUUUAGAAAGCUGUUCAAUAAAUUUUAUGUUUGCUGGUUUAUAUGGAGAGACAUGUACUUGUGAUGACCAGAUAAAUCCUUCAGCCCAGCCUAUUGAUAACACUAUGUGUAAGAUGCCAUGCCCAGGUAACUCUGCUCAGCUAUGUGGUGACGCUGAAGUCAACAUGGAAGUCCUAUCUGUUUAUUCUGUGUCUGUUGGCGAUGGCUACGUCUCAUCACCAUGGUUUCCUGGUAAUUACGUCCUAUCAAGUACUGAUACAUCCCAACCAGACGACCUCAUCUCCAGUACCGAUGUCACUGCGUCAUCAGGGAUGCUUUUAAUUCGAGUCCUGGCUUUCGACCUAGCUCCUGGAGACACACUGAGUGUGGAGGUAGGAGGUAUGACCAUCAACCCUACAGAAUCUGGUGAAACCAUGCUGUCCGGGCUACUAGAGAUGACACUGGUUGUGACUGCGACGUUGACGAGGGCUGCGAACUCGGCUGGAGCAUCGGGAUAUCUUAUCACCUUUACCAGAGAUCCAACCACAACGAUGCCUCAAACUACGCCGACCAUAAUAUCAGCCAUCCCGAUGACUAAUCAACCAGAGGUGACUUCAUCACCAGCUGUACCAGUUCCACCAGUUUCACCAGAUCCCAACUCUACAGCAACCCCUCCAGAUGAGGUCACGACUGCAGCUGUUGUGCCAGCGACCCCUCCUCCUCCCACAGAUGAAGCCACUGACCCUGCAAUGACUACAGCCCCUGUCACUAUACCUCCAAACCCAUCCACAUGCGACCAUCCGGUUGUAGAGGAAGGAAGAAUCGUAGGUGUAGACGGGAGUCCAUACCAGGUGGGUCAGAGUGUGGUGUUAGACUGUGAUGACGGACGAAACCCAGUGGAGAAUACCACUCUUUCGUGCCAGUCCGAUAGAACAUGGUUCCCUCUACCAACCUGUACCGCAUCAGGAGGAAUCGAAGUAUGGAUGAUCAUUGUGAUCGCAGUGGUGAUUUCUCUCUGUCUUGUCAUCUUGAUCGUCAUCUUCCUCAUCAUGGCCGUCGCGUUCGGGAAGAAAAAAAAGAGGCGGGAAGACGAUCGGGGUCCUGUUAUCACACACUUAGCAACUCCUACUGAUAAUGACUACAGUGGACGACCAGCUCUUAUCCCCAUCAACGAAGCAUCAGCAAGUGGAUUAGUACGUCAAGGUACCAACGUGAGUACCGCCUCCACCUUAGGUAUUCCACCUCCACCUCCUCCUGCUGCUACUACUCAAUCUACUGAUGCUGUACAACAGACAGAACCUAUCAUCCUACCACCACCACCCUCUCAACCUGCCCCCGACCCACCUUCACCAACCGAGACCUACUACCCUCCCGUAGACUACCCUGGGUCUGCUAAUCGUGACUCCGUUAUCUCCGGUGGUAACCUUGGGAACGAGGAGAGACAGGCUGUAGAUGAAAUUGUCAAUGCUGUCAGAGACUAUGAUGAUAGUCCGGGUGUUGGUUUGUAUGGUUCGGUGCCUCCAAGACAUCUUCGAAGUGGGUCUACUUUGUCAGUCAUCUCUAACCCAGGCCGUGUUACUGAUGGCAGAUCAAGCCCGAGGUACGGCGGAAACCUAAGAUCAGUUCAGUUUGAUCAACAUAAUUAUAGGCCAUAAAUUUAAACCAUAAAUUUAGGUGGCGAGGUUCUUUCGACCAAAGUAGAUGCCGAAUGUAAUUCAAAUAAACAGAGACACUACUGGAACCUAUAGGUCUUGUGUUACUAUACUAUGACUCAUGGAAAAUGUAAUCUUCAGAACUUUGAAAAUAUGGAUUUCAAGUAUAGCUUUUGUCUUUAGAUUCGAUGACUUAUAUUCACUAUGCAGAACCUCUAAUGGACAGCAAAACUUGCUGAUACCAAAUUUGAUCAUUAUUUUUCUUUGUUCUUCACUAUACUAUUUUUCUUUCUUUCUUUAUUGUAUAUUCCGUCGUUAGUUCAUUAUAAUUUUAGUUUAUAAAAUAUCUAUAUAACCUAAACUGGGCAGCAACAAUUACUACGAUACCAAAUAGAUAAUCAUUUACGUCUGUUCUUCACCGCAGACGUUUAUACUGUUUUUUCUUCUUUAACGUACAUUCCUUGGUAUCUUCAUUAUGAUUUUAGUACAUAUUUAUAUAUACCUCUCACAAACGUACGUAAGGAUUUUGUGUUAUAUUGCAUUCAUAUAUCUAGAUGCAAUGUAAAACUUUGUUUAGUGGUGAUGUUUUUGGUGACGCUCUUUAUUUCUCGUAAUAAAAGAGCAUUAAAAGAAGGGAAUCUGGCUAAGCUCAAGUAACAUGCAUUUACAUGUCUAACAAUAUUUUGUGAAAUGUAUGAAAAACCACAUACCCUGCAUAGUUAUUUUCUUAGGUAAAGUUAUAUGUGUUCAUGAAGAUUUAUAAUCGCAGAUAUGUAAAGAUAAUUAUUUAUAUAAAUGCAUUAUUCAGCUACGCACUCAUAAAUGUCUAUUCAAGAAAGCUUCAAUAAUCAUUUUGAAAUAGUUUUAUCAAUUAACCAGAGUAAUGUGUUGCAGAAAGCGGUCAUAAAUAUAAUCCUAACAAAUAUUAAAGGGGCGGAAUGACUGUUCUAAACAAAAGAGUAUUAUCUCAUCGCGCACCCCACCCCUUUCCCGCCCGAAUGGAGCACGUGGAUCUUGAAAUGUUUCAACCAGAAAAGCGACUCUGACUUUUAUGGCCUAGCAUGACCUGUAUGUAAUCAUGUAAUAAUCUUUUAAAAUAUAAUAAUUUUUACUUCAAAAUUCCAAAUCUUUAUUGUUGCAGAUAAUCAGUAAAAUAUCCGUCUGUAUAUCUAAUUUCUUAUCAUAUACCAAUGUCUUUCUUUCCGAAAUAUUUAUACCUGAAAUAGGAUUGAAAUAUAUAUUAUUUUCAAUUAAAA